AUGUCUUCGUCCAAGCGUAUUGCCAAGGAAUUAAGUGACUUAGGGAGAGACCCUCCUGCUUCAUGUUCGGCGGGCCCUGUAGGGGACGAUUUAUACCACUGGCAAGCCUCUAUCAUGGGUCCCUCAGAUUCACCCUACGCAGGUGGCGUUUUCUUUUUGUCUAUUCAUUUUCCCACUGACUAUCCCUUCAAGCCACCGAAGGUGAACUUUACCACUAAGAUUUAUCAUCCGAAUAUCAAUUCGAGCGGCAAUAUUUGCUUGGAUAUUUUAAAGGAUCAGUGGUCGCCAGCGCUAACUCUCUCAAAGGUUUUGUUGUCUAUUUGCUCCCUUUUAACAGAUGCUAAUCCAGAUGACCCCUUGGUUCCUGAGAUUGCUCAAAUAUACAAGACAGAUAAGGCUAAGUACGAGGCGACCGCAAAGGAAUGGACCAAAAAAUACGCCGUUUGA